CCUGGGCGAGUCACGUGGGGACGGUGCGCGCUCAGUGCGGCUGCGCCGGCCGGUAGCUGCAGCUGGAGCAGUGGCGUUUGGAGGAGACUCGGAUAUACCUUCUCAGAAGCUGCACAGGAGGAAAGCAGUGACAAAGAAAGAAGUUGUCAUUCUUUGCACGAAACUGGAUGGCUUCUACAGGGAGCCAGGCCUCUGAUAUAGACGAGAUUUUUGGAUUCUUCAAUGAUGGCGAACCUCCCACCAAAAAGCCCAGACAAAAAGGUUGGGGAGAAGCCAUUUUCAGGGGAGGGGAACAUGCCAUCAGCAAAAAUUAAUGUGAAGGAACAUAUUUCAAGCGGGGAUGGUCUCCAGAAUGAAAGAGAGGGGAACAAAAACAAAAAUGAGCACCCAUGCUGUCUCACAUAUGGGCCUCAGGACAGAGAAGUCUGUCUCUGCUUAUCAUGGAAGCUGCUUCCAAGCUUAAAAACUAAGAAGCCUCGAGAACUUGUGCUAGUGAUUGGAACAGGCAUUAGUGCUGCAGUUGCGCCCCAAGUUCCAGCCCUCAAAUCCUGGAAGGGGUUAAUUCAGGCCUUACUGGAUGCUGCCAUUGAUUUUGAUCUUUUAGAAGAUGAGGAGAGCAAAAAGUUUCAGAAAUGUCUCCAUGAAGACAAGAACCUGGUCCAUGUUGCCCAUGACCUUAUCCAGAAACUCUCUCCUCGUACCAGUAAUGUUCGAUCCACAUUUUUCAAGGACUGUUUAUAUGAAGUAUUUGAUGACUUGGAGUCAAAGAUGGAAGAUUCUGGAAAACAGCUACUUCAGUCAGUUCUCCACCUGAUGGAAAAUGGAGCCCUCGUAUUAACUACAAAUUUUGAUAAUCUCUUGGAACUGUAUGCAGCAGAUCAGGGGAAACAGCUUGAAUCCCUUGACCUUACUGAUGAGAAAAAGGUCCUAGAGUGGGCUCAGGAGAAGCGUAAGCUGAGCGUGUUGCAUAUUCACGGAGUCUACACCAACCCUAGUGGCAUUGUCCUUCAUCCGGCUGGAUAUCAGAACGUGCUCAGGAACACUGAAGUCAUGAGAGAAAUUCAGAAACUCUACGAAAACAAGUCAUUUCUUUUCCUGGGCUGUGGCUGGACUGUGGAUGACACCACUUUCCAGGCCCUUUUCUUGGAGGCUGUCAAGCAUAAAUCUGACCUAGAACAUUUCAUGCUGGUUCGGAGAGGAGACGUAGAUGAGUUCAAAAAGCUUCGAGAAAACAUGCUGGACAAGGGGAUUAAAGUCAUCUCCUAUGGAGAUGACUAUGCCGAUCUUCCAGAAUAUUUCAAGCGACUGACAUGUGAGAUCUCCACAAGGGGUACAUCAGCAGGGAUGGUGAGAGAAGGUCAGCUAAAUGGCUCAUCUGCAGCACACAGUGAAAUAAGAGGCUGUAGUACAUGAGCGAGCUAGAGAGAUCACCACCGUUUAGACCAAGCUGUAAGGCCCUACUACAGACAGUGUUUAACAAGUAAACUUACAAGAACCCAACACAACUCCCAGAAAGUAACAAUAGCCAGAGGUUGAAGGGCGGGGUAGAAGAGGGGGGAAUGUUGCAGCGUAAUCCUUCAUACCACCUGGUUCUUGAUAUUCUGCUGCCUGUUCAAGUUCAAGAAUAAAAGUGACAGCAGGACCCAAAUGCAGCUCCCAACCCACUCCCCAGGCUGGACAUGCUUGUGUCCACACAGCACACCAAUGUGAUACUUCCACUGACCAGCUGCAGCUCUGCAUGAAGGACUCGGGGUCUAGAUGCCAUGGAAUCGCUGUGGCUCUUGUUGCAGUUUUGUACUCUAUACUUGGUUUUUCAAUUAAGCUUAAUGGCUUUUUUAAAACAUGACUUGAAGCUCUAGUUUUCUAGAUCUUUUACAGUGUACAGUAUUUUACAUAACUAAGCUGUAUUAAAAGCUUGUUCAUUUA